AUGAUCUCUUCUCCGUACACGACAGCAACAAAGCCCAGCAAAAAAGGAAGAAAAAGAAAGGCAAAAAAAACGAAAAAAACAUACAACAGCCGGUGUUCGCUGGUGGUCACCCACCCAACUACUAAUCUGCCGGUUAGAGGCUUAUCUAUGGGGGAGCGGACGGGACCCCGAGCUCUCCUCUACCUAUGGUCGUAUGUGCUUGGUUGUAGGCCCAUUCAACUUAUGAGACGCUGUGAUAUCCGCGUGCUUGAGAUGUCAUUUUUUGACUUCAGACUGCGAUCUCGGCAGAGCGCGGGGGAGGGGCAGAUUAUCCCAUGCAAAACAAUGCAGCAAGGCCUCGAAGAUGGAGAACAGAGGGCACAGCUAAGUGGAAUUGGAGUGUGUAACAAGAUCAAAGGAGCUUCACGAAACGAGCACACAGGCAGAAUGCAAUGGCUCGUUUGGACAGAGAUCCUCUGCGUACCUAGGUAUUCCUAUUAG